AUGCCAUUAGAGUUCAAUUUUGCUAGGAAAGAUUCAGAUGGACAUUGGAUAGAAAAUACUUAUAUUCACAAGUCACCAAAUGGUUGUUCGUCGUUCAGGAAUUUAAUGGGGACUGAAUGGACCAAAAUUAUGAACGGAUUGGGAGUAAAGAAAGCCACGUGUCCAAUACCUCCGGGCAUUUAUACGGCUCGGGGCCUGGAUACAUCAAUAUUUUUAAACAUCAAUAGUCCUAAAACAUUUAUCUACGGGACGUACAAAAUUCGUUCAUUUUUUUCGCGUUUUAAAGGAGUGUAUAUGGCUGUACUAUUAUAGUUUUAGAAUUUAAGCCUUUAUAACAUAUAUUUUUUUAAUAUUGUAUCCACAUUGUACCAGUCGGAAUAUAAGACAACUGCACCCUAUGGUUUUCGUUAUUUGGAGGCACUGGAAUUUAUAAGAUAACUAGCUGAU